AUGCAGUUUGAAUCCUUCGAGCUGGAGGGCAACGAGGUGAGUGUGGAACGUGUUCAGUGUAAGUAUGACUUUGUGGAGGUGCGUAGCGGCCUAUCGUCAGACAGUAAGCUGCACGGAAAAUACUGCGGUACGGAGGUUCCCGAGGUCAUCACAUCACAGUACAACAACAUGAGAAUAGAGUUCAAGUCUGACAACACCGUGUCCAAGAAGGGCUUCAAGGCUCACUUCUUCUCUGAUAAGGAUGAAUGCAGUAAGGAUAAUGGUGGCUGCCAACAUGACUGUAUAAACACGGUGGGAUCGUAUGUAUGCCAGUGUCGACACGGAUUCAUACUACAUGAGAACAAACAUGACUGUAAAGAAGCUGAGUGUAAGCAUAAGGUCCACAGCCCCAGCGGGACCAUGAACAGCCCCAACUGGCCUGAUAAAUAUCCCAGUAGGAAGGAAUGUACCUGGGACAUCACCACUACACCUGGACACAGAGUCAGACUGUCAUUUAAUGAAUUUGAGAUGGAGCAGCAUCAGGAGUGUGCCUAUGACCACCUGGAGGCCUUUGACGGGGAGGGUGACUCGGCGGCCAUCUUGGGUCGGCUGUGUGGCAGUAAGAUUCCGGAACCGCUGGUCUCCACGGGUAACAAGAUGUACCUGCGUUUCAUCUCUGACGCCUCGGUUCAGAGGAAAGGCUUCCAGGCAACACACUCUACUGAGUGUGGAGGGAGGUUGAAGGCAGAGACUCGUCAGAAGAACCUCUACUCACACUCCCAGUUUGGAGAUAACAACUACCCUGGCCAUACGGACUGUGAGUGGUUGGUGACGUCAGAGGAGGGUUACGGAAUAGAGUUGACCUUUACGACCUUCGAGGUGGAGGAGGAGGCGGACUGUGGUUAUGACUACAUAGAGCUGUACGAUGGUUAUGACUCCAGCUCACACAGACUGGGUCGGUUCUGUGGUUCUGGGCCCAGAGAGGAGAUCUACUCUGCGGGUGACGCGGUGUUGAUCCGUUUCCAUAGCGACGACACCAUCAGUAAGAAGGGGUUCCACAUCCGCUACACCAGCACCCAGUUCCAGCAGAACCUUCACACCAGGAAGUGAUGUCACAACACCCCGACCCCUAGCCUCACUGUGCCGACAAGACAACCACAGGCCCCUUUUCUCCUCUGACUGACAGGCGCCAAACAGACACACACACACACACACACACACACACACACACACACACACACACACACACACACACACACACACACACACACACACACACAGUUUUGAAGAGAGGAGUGAGUGUGGGUGAGAACCAGAGGAGAGAGGGGGAGGACUGAUCAGUCCAUCUCUUAACAGGGGAGCUUCUAGAACUCUGAGGACUACAUGUGAAGAGAGACUGGAUCACAGCUUCACACUGCAACAGGAUUAAUGGAACUGCUUUAACGACGGGAACUGGAUUAAAUACUGAAACUGGAUUAAAUACGGAAACUGGAUUAAAUACUGAAACAGGAUUAAAUACGGAAACUGGAUUAAAUACUUAAACAGGAUUCAAUACUGAAACUGGAUUAAAUUCUGAAACUGGAUUAAAUACUGAAACAGGAUUCAAUACUGAAACAGGAUUAAAUACUGAAACUGGAUUAAAUACUGAAACAGGAUUAAAUACUGAAACUGGAUUAAAUACUGAAACUGGAUUAAAUACUGAAACUGGAUUAAAUACUGAAACAGUCUUAAAUACUGAAACUGGAUUAAAUUCUGAAACUGGAUUAAAUACUGAAACAGGAUUAAAUACUGAAACUGGAUUAAAUACUGAAACUGGAUUAAAUUCUGAAACUGGAGUGUGAACAGGAACUGGAUUUAAUACAUGGAACUGGACUAAAUAACUGACUGGCUGUUUGGCUGACUGAGUCGCUGACUAUUUGACUGAGUUACUGGAUGACUAUUUUACUGGCUGACUGAUUGACUGUCUGAUUGGCUGGUUGACUGAGUGACUGGAUGACUAUUUUACUGGCUAACUGACUGACUGUCUGAUUGGCUGGUUGACUGACUGACUGGCUGACUGACUGACUGAUUGACUGGCUGACUGACUGUUUGAUUGGCUGGCUGACUGUUUUACUGGCUGACUGACUGUCUGAUUGGCUGGCUGACUGUUUUACUGGCUGUUUGGUAGGUUGACUGACUGACUGGCUAACUGAUUCACUGAUGGACUGGCUGACUGACUGAUUGGCUGACUGAUUCACUGAUGGACUGGCUGGCUGACUGAUUGGCUGACUGAUUCACUGAUGGACUGGCUGACUGACUGAUUGGCUGACUGAUUCACUGAUGGACUGGCUGGCUGACUGAUUGGCUGACUGAUUCACUGAUGGACUGGCUGACUGACUGAUUGGCUGACUGACUGAGAGAAGCAUGAGGUAACGCUGAGGCAACAUUAUACAAACUGAGAGACAACAUCCCGAUAACUUUCUGACAACUUCCUGUUCAGACAACGUUUCAGACAAACCUCAUACAAACCGAGAGACGACGUUCAGACAACGGCCAGACAACUUACGGUGCUGACAACGUUCUGACCAUUUUUGAGGUUUGACAAAGUCCUGACAAUGUUCUGCUUAGAAAACAUUCUGACAACGUUCAGGCAAACAUUAUACAAACUGAGAGACAAUGUCGUUCUGACAACGUUCUGACAACGUUCUGACAACGUUCUUCUGAAAACGUCCUGACAACGUUGGGUUUUGACAGCACUUAUAUUGCCUUAGAACCAAAUGUACGUUCUUGA